GAUGGAUUUCACCGCUUCGUAGCACGCCACGUCUGUCUACCGACCGGCCGGCCGGCCGGCCUAUGUCUAUGUGUGGCCCCUGUGCAGAUCCGGCACUGUGAAAUCUGAUGCGUGCUUAUGGGACAAGAUCCUAGCAGUACAACCAAACACUUGAGGCUGUCCAGCAGUGCUCUAUCUAUAUAUAUAUGGUCAUCUAUGUCUAUGUGAGAGAAGUACGUAGCUUGCCAUCAAUUUGUACCUCCCGUCUCUCACACUGCAACAAGUAGAAUCCAAUGGCCGAUCCAAGCUUCUUCGUCGGAAUCGUUGGGAACAUAAUCUCCAUACUCGUCUUCACAUCUCCAAUUGCGACCUUCCGGAGGGUCGUGCGGAACAAGAGCACGGAGGAGUUCCGGUGGCUGCCGUACGUCACCACCCUCCUCUGCACCUCCCUCUGGGCCUUCUAUGGCCUCCUCAAGCCCAGCGGCCUCCUCAUCAUCACCGUCAACGCCGCCGGCGCCGCUCUACAGGCCACCUACGUCGCCCUCUACCUCGCCUAUGCCCCCAGGGACACCAAGGUGAAGAUGGCGAAGGUGGUGGUGGGCGUGAACAUCUGCUUCUUUGCCGCGGUCGUCGUGGUGGGGCUGGUGGCGCUGCACGGCGCCGUCCGGCUGUUCGCGGUGGGGGUUCUCUGCUCCGCUCUCACCAUCGCAAUGUAUGCUGCACCCAUGGCCGCAAUGAGGACAGUGGUGAAGACCCGGAGCGUGGAGUACAUGCCCUUCUCCCUGUCCUUCUUCCUCUUCCUCAACGGCGGCAUCUGGAGCGUCUACUCCCUGCUCGUUAAGGACUACUUCAUCGGGAUCCCCAAUGCCAUGGGUUUUGUGAUGGGCACGGCGCAGCUGGCGCUCUACAUGGCGUACCAGAACAAGAAGAAGCUCGCGGCGCUCAAGGAGGAGGACGAGGAGAAAGGGGUGGUGCACCUGAUGGGCCAGGUAGAGUUGGGCCAGGCCAAGGUCCCGUCGUUGAAGAAGGGGUUGAGCCUGCCGAUGCCCUCGUCCCUGCCGUCGCCGUUGCACGGGUUUGGCAACCUCAUCAAGGCCUUGUCCGCCACCCCCUUGGAGCUGCAGUCUGUCUUGAACCAGCACGAGCGCGUCGGUGACGACGACGACGACGGGCAUGCCUACUCGUCCAAGUGACAGGCACUAACUAGUGCGUGUAGCAGCAUUCAAUAAAGCCUGUACGGGUUAUGCGUAAUGCCCCCCCCCCCAAAAAAGUAAUGGUUGUAUAGUGUUCGCAUUGAAAUGGAGAGUACGGUGUGACAUCAUGUACUCCCUCCGUCUAGGUGUGUAAGUCAUCUUACGUUGUGCACCGCGACCAAGGCGAAAAGGAAAACGAGAAAACUUAAUGUCUUUUUGCUAA